CUCUCGAUUAUGAACUAGUCAAAUGACUCUGACAGGACUUUACUUAUCUUAACUCGCAAGGACACUAGAUUUAUAGCAUGUCGCGAUUAGAAAAUUGAUGCGUACAUAUACCUUUGUGUUUUCAAGCACGGUGUUGGGAUAGGUCGCGCUAUAUAAUGGCUCAGGCAUUCUACGUUCGGAAUCCUUAUCCUGUGCCGGAUAUCUCCCGGGAAGGCACGUGGAUAUCCCGCGGACCCGUGCUGGGAGAUAAAGUCUCGCCGUCGGAUAGAGACUGGAAUGUCAAACUGAGCGCUCACGAGCGUCUCUUCGCUCAUCACACCCUAAACAGCAUUCGCAGGGAUCGUCGACUCGUCAGACCGCAGGUUCCGCGCGACGCCCUCGAUCUAGCACUAAACAGCGUUUAUGCUCACAGUCGGGACACUCUAGUUUCGAAGAAGUACGUGCCCAUCCAGCCGGAAACGCUCGGCAGAGAAACUUGGCGUGUCUUGCGAAACGAGAUUAAGAUAUUACCGGAACCACCUAAACCAGAUAGACCGAUGCACGUGAGCGGUCAUCCGGACGAGAAACUUAAACCGCUAGUUCGGGCACCUUUAUCGGCGGACAAAUCGAAGUGUCAUAGCGGGCCAACUUUACCGCGGAGAAUUCAUCCGAGCAGCGUGAAAUUAAAUAUCGAGGGUCCUCAUAUGGACCAAUCGAAUCCCGGAUACAGUCGCAAAAUCGACGGAACUUUUUACAGUAUUUAAACACGGAUUUGGGCGGUGUUUGAGCGGCACGCUUGGAGAACGUUCGGAUUAAGCUGAAACCUGCAAUUCGCCGAAUGAAGCUCCCGCUUUUACAAAUACCAUUAUCGCUAUUGGCAUAAUCUGGCGAGAUUUACGUUUUGGAACACUCCGAGAAGCAGCGAAUCGUGAUUGUAUAAUGUGGAUGCGAAAUUGAUCGUGUUAGAAGGCUUUUGUUUACAUUCACGCGUAUAUGAUUAAAUCGCGUCAAUCGCCGCCGUUAUUUCGCAGCA